CUUCUGGUUGGGGAAGCAACAGAUCCUUAAUGUUCCCUGAAAAACAACCUCACAUCACAUCUCAUUCGCCUCCAGGAAGACAUCAUCGCAAAUUGAUGGAAUAUUCCAAAACACGCGUCGCGCGCAUUUAGUCAUUUAGAUCAUUAUUGGGGUCAACUUCCAUGUUUAGGAAAUGUGUUUUAAAAAAUUGGGGGGGGUCUGGCGGAUUUUGUGAUUUUUGUGAAUUUUCGGAUAAGGAAUAAUGCAACAAUAGGUGAGGACCUUGGGUUAUUACUCAAAAAAAAUGUAUCUAGAAAUAGACUUUCUUUAAAUUGGCACAUUUUGUAGAUUUGAUGUAGAAUAAAACACUCCCAAUAUUCCAUAGCAUAAUCUGAAACUAUCGUUGAAGGUCGCCAAGUAUCCAUGACUGAACUGUUGAAUCUUUGAAGCCUAUUUUCGGCAACAACUUAUUUUAUUUAUAGACAUUAUUCAACAAAUAUUUUGACCACAAAAGCCUGCCAGAUAUUAUAUAGAUGUUUUGCGAUUGCAACCUAUAGAUAAGAGUCGUUAGGAGAGUUGUAGCUUUUAUAACAGGAGGUUUUAGUCAAGGGCACUCUCUCUGCCUGCCUGCCGCUCGCAUUGGACUUGUUGAAAGCAACAACUGUCCCUGGUACAGUUGGAUACAUGAGUAGUAUUAUAACAAGGACUGACAUGAGGAAAAACUCAAUUGUCACCGUGUGAUUCACCGAGAUAUAAUAACUGAAUAACAAAUUAACGGAAUAACCAACCGUCUCUCCAUCUAAAUCUAUGAUUAACUCGGUGUGUGUUUCGUCUUACCGAGGACGCAAAUCAGGCAACAAACCUCCGUCCAAGACAUGCCUGAAGGAAGAGAUGACCAGGGGGGAAGACUCUGAAAAAAUAAUCAUCAAUGUUGGUGGCACAAGACACGAAACCUACAAAAGCACAAUUAGGACCCUACCGGGGACGCGCCUGGCAUUGUUAGCCGACCCGCCAGAGCCAGUGAACAACCCAGACACGGACUCCCUCCCACCGACUCCCUCCCAACCCAGAUCCAUAUCUCCAUAUCCAACUACAAACGAGUUAUUUUUCGACAGGCACCCUGGCAUAUUCGCUUAUGUGUUGAACUAUUAUAGGACUGGCAAGCUCCAUUGCCCCGCAGAUGUCUGCGGGCCUCUUUUUGAAGAGGAGUUGGCGUUUUGGAUGAUAGAUGAGACCGACGUGGAGCCGUGUUGCUGGAUGACAUACCGGCAGCAUCGGGACGCAGAGGAGGCGCUGGACAUAUUCGAACCACCGGACCCAGAUGACACGGACGAUGAACUACCCAGACGGUUCGGCAUUGAGGACUGCCCGGACAGAUCGAGGGGAUGCUGCGAAGUUUGGCAACCAAAGAUAUGGGCACUCUUUGAGGACCCCUACUCAUCCAGGGCUGCUAGAGGUAUAGCGUUUGCCUCUCUGUUCUUUAUCCUGAUUUCCAUUACUACGUUCUGCCUGGAGACUCACGAGUACUUCAACGACCUGCAGAACCACACGGAACGCGUGGUGGUGGGGAACCACACUGAGGAGGUGAUCUUGGUGAAGGUGGUGACCAAGCCCAUUCUGACCGUGGUGGAGGGUGUUUGUGUGGUCUGGUUCACCUUUGAGUUCUUCGUCCGCAUCGUGUGCUGCCCCGACAAGCUGCUCUUCAUCAAGAACAUGUUAAACGUCAUUGACUUUGUGGCCAUCCUGCCCUUCUACCUGGAGAUGGGCCUCAGCGGCCUGUCCUCCUCUAAAGCAGCCUCCGACAUCCUGGGGUUUCUACGGGUAGUCCGUUUCGUCCGGAUCCUCCGGAUCUUCAAGCUGACCAGGCAUUUCGUCGGUCUGAGGGUUCUCGGCCACACGUUGAGAGCCAGCGUCAACGAGUUCUGCCUGCUUAUCGUUUUCCUGGCAUUGGGCGUCCUCAUCUUCGCCACGAUGAUCUACUACGCAGAGAGGAUAGGGGCCCAACCGGACGACCCCCGCGGCUCUAAACACACCCACUUCAAAAACAUCCCUAUCUCCUUCUGGUGGGCCGUGGUCACCAUGACCACCCUGGGUUACGGGGACAUGUACCCCAAGACGUGGCUGGGCAUGAUAGUGGGCGCGCUGUGCGCUCUGGCGGGGGUGCUGACCAUCGCCAUGCCCGUGCCUGUUAUAGUCAACAACUUUGGGAUGUACUACUCCCUGGCCAUGGCUAAACAGAAGCUGCCUAAGAAGAAGAAAGCACACAAUCCGAACCCGGACGCUCCCACGGACACGGCCUCGUUCGGGAAGUCUGUCGCUACCUCUCCCAGGGACAGUACUCAGAGUGAUACAUGGCCGCUGGCUGCAGAGGAGAAUAUCAACAGGAACCGCUCAGACUCCAAGCAGAACGGAGACGCCAACUUGGCUCUGUCGUCGGAUGAGGGGUGCAGCCUGACCCAGCCGCUGUCACCCAGCGAGAAGUGGAACCUACGGCACGCCCACGGCGACGGUCGAGAACACUCCCGGUCGUCCAGGGGGAACAAGAAAAGCAAGAAAGAGGCAACCUGCUUCCUGCUCACCUCCGGAGACUUCUCCUGCUCUGGAGGAGAACACACCAUAGUCACGGAAAGCUGUACAGACAUCCUGGCUGCUACUGGGCUCUACGCCCAUCCAGAAAUCACCACUCUGACCUGAAGAAGCCAUUUUGGAUUGAUGAAGGACAAGUGGUCGUGAACCAGGAUGCAUGGUGGCAAAGCUUCAGAUUUAGGCCCCUCCCCCCUUCUCUAACUAACGUGAAGGUUCCUGGAUCGUUCCGGAAGGUUCCAGAAGAAGAACGCUUGUCUUUCUGUCGAAUACAAAGUAACCAAACUCCGCGGUAGAAUCCUUCUAUCUGAUGCUUUAGAAGAUAUAGUAUAUGUAUGUACACACAUCUGCCUGUUCUCCAAGCAUUUAGCAUGUAUUGUAUUGCAUGAUCUAGCACUAUAUAAUGUACCUUGAGAAGAUAACAUCAGUGAACGUUAAUGUUAAGGGACAUAUCUAAAGUUGAGGGGUGUUUUGAAUAUCUCCUCUGAUGUUAAUACUCUUGAGUUUCAAUCAAACAUCAAUAUUUCCAAAUGGUGUUUUCAAGAAAUUGCCACUAUAGAAUUUGCUGAUUCUGUUUUAAAAGUGUUCAAUACACUAUACGAUCAGUUCAUAGUCCUUGUGAAGAAUCCUGAGACCAGAAACCAUAUGAUGUUUCAGAAAGAAAAAAAAUUGCAGUCAUCAAUGAAGCAUAAUUGGUAAAUAUUGACUAACUAAAAUACAACAAAAAAUGUGUGGAUUUGCAUUGUCUAAAAAAGUGACUGUGAACAAAUUACAGUAGGAUUAGAAGUACGAGUUGUUGUUCCAAGCCGACUGACUCCUAGCAAAAAUAUAGUCCAGCUUUGUUUUGAUUUAAACAUGACGCUAAAUGGCUUCCCGAGUGGCACAGCAUCACAGUGUUGCAGCAUCACUACAGCCUGGGGUUGGCUUUAGUUGGCUCAUCGCGCUUUAGCGACUCCUUGUGGCGGGCCGGGCGCCUGCAGGCUGACUUCAGUCCUCAGUAGAACAGUGUUUCCUCCGACACAUUGUUGCGAGGAGCGUGGCGGAUGUUAAGAAGCGCGGCUUGGCGGUUCAUGUUUCAGAGGACGCAUGACUCGACCUUCGCCUCUCCCGAGCCCAUCGGGGAGUUGCAGCAAAUGAGACACGAUUGUAAAUCACCAAAUUGGGGAGAAAAAGGGGUUAAAAAUACAACAACAAAAAUGAUAAUAAUAAAAAACCCAACGGUAAAACAGGUUGGUCUGGUGUCAGUCAACAGACAGGCCGUAAUCAGUGGCAUGUGACUAUAAAACAUAACUUUCCUUUCACAAACAAAGUAUCAUGCAAUUCCUAUAGAAAGAUUUUUGGGGGGGAAAUGUCUGAAAAAUGUUUAAUCAUGUAUAUCUAUUACAGUACAGUACAUGAACAGAUCUGUUUCAGGAAGAAGAGAGUCAACAUGCAGACAGUAGUAGCAAUAGCAGUACAGUACAUGAACAGAUCUGUUUCAGGAGGAAGAGAGUCAACAUGCAGACAGUAGUAGCAAUAGCAGUACAGUACAUGAACAGAUCUGUUUCAGGAAGAAGAGAGUCAACAUGCAGACAGUAGUAGCAAUAGCAGCAUGUGACUAUUAAAGUUCACGCUACUGUUCACAAACAAAAGUGUCUUUAAAUCCUUAUACACAAGAAAAAAAGGAGAUAAACUAAAAUGUCAUAAUGCCUUGAGAGACCAGAUGCAGUCAGAUUAGUAGUCAAGAGGAUAGCAAGAGACUGAAGAAGCUCACACUACUUGUCUUUCACAAACAAAGUGUCUUGGAAAUCCUUGUAUAUAUUAUAUAUAAAUGAUAUUGUAUUUCCAUUAGCUGCUUUCCAUCAAUACAUUCGCUGGUUGAAAGGGGACCAAACUUUGGGCGGCCAUAUUAGUUAAAAAUAGAUUAUCUCAACAUCAUCAUUAGUAAAUGUAUCAUCAACAUCGUUAGUAAAUGCAAUGUUAAGAAGCAUAUCAACACAUACUGCGGCAUCAUCCGUACAUUCUAGUCGUGCCUAAUGACAAAGUGAUGGGGCUUAAUGUGUUAUGGAGUAACUUGAUGAGGUUUAGAUUUGUUCCUAAAACGGAUUAUCUUGGUUCUUUUAAGAUCUUGGUUAUUUUAAGAGCUUGGUUGUUGGAGAUCUUGCUUGUUGAAGAUCUUGCUUGUUUAUACAUGUUGCCAGGGGUGGGGGGGGGUGGGGGUGGGGGGAGGGGGAUGUCUGCAUCUCAAAUGAAAUGUCUGCAUCUCAAGUGGUGCCCUAUUCCCUAUGUAGGCUCUGGUCAGAGAUAGUGCACUACAUAAGGGAUAGGGAGCAUUUUUGAGACUGAGACAAAUAAGAGUAUGGUUUCUUUCACAUGAUGUCUUAAUAUAUUUCUCUUGUUCGACCGUAGUUGCCUUAUGUUUAUUAUAAAACAGUUAUGUUUUAUUUAAAUGUGUUUUUAUUUAUAUCUCAAACCUAUUUUAACUCCUCUGACACAAAAGUCUGUAUAUAUAAGCAAAGUUGUAUGUAGCACAGUAUAGGCUUAGUGAAACUCUUCUAGAAAUGGAUUAGGUGCACAGUUACUAUUAAUACAGUCCAUUACUAUUUGUUUAUAAAAAAUGAUAUGAUUUUAUUUGGAUAAUAUAACUUUUUACCUAUACAGCCUCCUUUUCCCCCUUUCACUGUUGUGUUUUAGCUGGGAUGAACUGAAACACAGCAAUGUGAGUCUGAGCUGGUUUCUCCAUACAAUUACAAUGAUUCUAUGGUUUUCAGUCUAAUCCUCUCUGUUUCUUUCUGGGGUGCCGUUUGGAAAGUUGAACUGUCAUUUUGGAAAUGAAACACAGCGAAAGAUGUCAGAUGUGGUGUGUGUAAAGCAAUGCAGUUGAUAUAUUGUAUCAUGUAGGCAUGUGUUUCUAUACAGCGAUACAAAUCAAAUACAUUUCCCUGAUAAAAGAUUA